AUGAGCACUUAUGUAUCAGACUUUUAUGCUAGAACGGUUUUUCUAACCCCAAAUAUUGAAGAGGUCAGGACCAAAAUAGAAGAACUAGUAUCGCAAUAUGUUGGAGAAGACAAGAAAUUUAAUGAUCCUGACUUUGGGCCCACAGAAAAAGAUCCAACUGGAGAAUUAGCAAUUUUUUACCCUCCAGAUGAAGCAAAUGAAAUGCAGGGAGAUGCUUCAGUAGGGCAAUAUAACAAUAUUGCAGGACUUCAUAUAGAUAUGAUUAAAUGACUAAGGCCACUUGACUUUUGCAAAGACCCUUCUUUAUGUGCUUUUAUUACUCGAGAGGAGUCAGAUGACGAGUCAGAUGAAGAAAAUAAAAACGAAGAAGACCCUGAAGAAGAGCAAGAAGAAAAAAAGCCUGCAGCCAUAAAACGGUCCACAACUAAAAAAGCAACAGUAGGAAAAUCCAAUGCAUCAAUGCACAAGAAUCGCUCUGGAGCAAGUUCAUUAGACGUUAUGCAAGGAAAUUUACUCCCCCUCCGUGAGCGAACAAAACCAUUGGAAAAUCUCUAUUUUUUGGGUAAAAACCCACCUCUGUAGCGAACAAAAGUUUUAAUAUAAUAAAAAAAAUAAUUUCUUUCUAUAUAAGUGAUAAUUAGUAUAAUGAAAUCUUUAGCUUCCAUUUUAAAACAAAAUUUUAUAAAUAAAUUAAUUUUUUAUUCUAAGUUUUGAAAAAAAAAAUUUUAUAAUUAAAAAAAGUUAAUCCCCUCCGUGAGCGAACAAAAUUUUUUUGUUCGCUAACGGAGGGGGGAGUUAGGAGACUGCUGGUUUAUUAGUGGAAUGGCUUUAGUCGCUGGUCGAGACGACUUAUUUGACCAACUAAUUUGCAGAGGCUACUUUGAGGAGUUUGAAAAAUUCGGCUUAUACGUAUUUCGAAUGUAUAAAAACUGCAGAGUCCAUUACGUGAUAGUGGAUGACAAAAUUCCUUGCUUGGAGCGAGCAAAUGGGAGGUGUUUUCCUGCUUUUGCAAGGUGCAGAAACCGCAAUGAAUUCUGGGUGUCUUUAAUAGAAAAAGCGUAUGCAAAGCUGAAUAUUAAAUACAUUAACUUGACGAGCGGGUUUAUAGAUGAAGCUCUGCAAGAUUUGACUGGACUUGCCCCAGAAAUGAUUCGAUUUACUUCUAGUGUAGACAAUAGCCGCUUAUGGCAGAUGCUAAAAAUUUUGGGUGAGGCGGAAAAACUACAUUGAAAUUUUUCCACCUGUUUUUUUCACUAACAAAACAACUGAAAAUUCAAAGAAUUUUUAAUAUUAAAAAGCAUAACGGUGAAAAAGUAAAAAAUAAAAGUGAGGCUUAAAAAAACACAUAACGGUGUUUUUGCCCAAAAAGGUGGAAAAAUAACUAGAAAAAAAUAAAUACCUUCAGGAGCAAAUUAUAUUAAACAGAGAGAUAGCAGGCUGAUAUUAAGUAUAUCAAUACACUCGUUGUCUUAUAAUUUGCUCCUGAAGAUAUAUAUAUUUUUCUAGCUAUUUUUCCACCUUUUUUUUGGACAAAAACACCGUUAUAUUUUUUUAACCCUCCUUUUAUGUUUUUACUUUUUCAUCGUUAUGCUUUUUAAUACUAAAAAAAUUCUUUGAAUUUUCAGUCAUUUUGACAGAAAAAUAAAACAGGCGCAAAAACUUCAAUGUGGUUUUCCGCCCCCUAAAUUUUGGUUUAUUCAGGAUCUCUUAUAGGAGCUUCAUUAAAUUUCUUAGGCAGGAGAGACAUUCCAGAUGAAGACAAGCGUGAGCUGCAGGUUGACGCUAGAAGGCAUGGGAUACAAUAUGGUCACGCUUAUGGAAUAUUAGAUAUAAGAGAAGUGCCUUUCGAAGAAGACCCUAAUGGCGUUUUACAAUUUUUAAGGCUAAAAAACCCUUGGGGAAAAGAGAAUAAUAUGGAAUGAAAUGGAGACUGGAGCGACGCAGAUACAAGGUGAACUCCUGAGCUUAAAGAUAAAUAUAACGAAGUCCUCAAGGAUUUACCUGACAAAUUUGAUAAAGACGAGCUUUUUCAUGUAUGGGGAGCUGAAGAUAACAUUUUUAUAAUGCACGCUGAAAAUUUUGCACAGUAUUUCAAUACUAUUAUGGCUGUUAGAGAUUUCCCUGAUGAAUGAAGCGGAGUUAGAUAUUAUACAGGAUGGAAUCCUAGCUACGGAAUUCCACCACGAGGGAAAAACUGAACGAAAAAUCCUCAGUUUCCAUUUUAUAUUAAAAAAACAACAGACAUUUCAAUACUCCUUCAGCAGCCAGAUCCUCGAUCUGUUGCUGAGAAUCGCCCUCCCUUCAAAAAACUGACUCUUCUUAUCGUUGUAUUUAAACUCGACAUGGCUGAAAAAUCAGUUGGUGCUUUUGUGCCAGAUAGAAUCGCUUUGCAAUCUCAAGGAGCAGACUCGAGAUGUGUUAUGGCUGGCGGCGAAUUAAAAGCAGGGAAAUACUCUAUAGUCAUUAUGAAUUCCAGUGAGGGUGUCUGCAGUGAUUGCUAUUUAUCUAUCUAUUUUUCUUGCCAAAAAGAUGAAAUAGCGUUUGAAAAUAAAAGCUGGGAAGUCAUAUUAGAAGAGGAAGAAGGGGAAAGAGCGAGACCUACUAAGCUUGAUAUCGGGAAAAGUCUUGCAGACUCUGCUAUAAAUGCUUCUAAAAAAGAGCAAAAUCAAUUAAUAAAACAGGCUAUGCUACCUCAUAAUUUGCAAAAUAUGGUCAAUGAAAAGCCUUCGUUGAAACCGAUAGGGAUGGAAAUUAUUAAUAGAGCAAUAAAAGGAGAGAAAAAAGAGGAAGAAGAGAAAGCGCUGCCAUUUAACUUACAAAGUAUGAUUAAUGAUAAACCACUAGUAAAGCAAAUAGGAAAAGAAAUUGUGAGAAAAGGGCUAAAUGAAGAGAAAAAAAAAGAGGAAGUAAAAUCAAUUGCGUUCGGCAAAGCUGUCACAAAGCCAGCAACACCAGGGCUUGUUACAGAUAAUUCACAGACUAAGCUUGGCCAAAGCUAUUCACAAGGAAUAAAAGAAUUAAGAAAAAAUAUCCAGCAAAAUGAAAUAGAAGAUGAUCUGGAGUUUAAAAUCCAAGACCCUCUUGCACAGGAAAUUGAAUUUGAAAGAGACAUGGCGAUUCUGUUUGGACUGGAGUAUAAUGAUUAUAAAACUUUCCAUAGUUUGCCUACAGAGCAGCAAGAAGCGAUUAUUCAAGAUUUCCAAGAUGUAACAAAUCAAAAUUCAACAAUUUUAGAUUUGAAUUAUUAUUACCUUGGGAAUAGAGGACUGAACGCUAUUUUGGAUGGAAUUGAGGACUUUCCAAAUCUUGAAUAUUUGUAUUUAAGAGAAAAUAAGCUUGGAGAUCUAGCUGUUUGUGAGCUGUGUAGAAGAUUAGAGCUCAGCAGACAGCUAGGAAUAGUAGAAAUUGAUUUAAGCUAUAAUACAGACUUAACUGAUAACGCUGGGCUUGCAUUAGUUGCUUUAGCUACAAGAAUUAGAAAUAUCCAAAAAAUUGUCAUAGAGAAUACAGAUAUAUCAUCAAAAGUACAGCAAAAAAUUAUUGAGGUUACUGAAAGAAAUAGGAAAGUCAAAGGAAAUUAA